AUGCGAGGCCUCGUCUGGCUGUGGUUGUCCCAGUCCGCCGUGGCGGCCUGUGGCAUCCAGGCCACCGCGUCCCCCCGGAGAUCGACGCAGGAGUUUGCCGGUGUGGCGCAGUUCCCGUGGGUGGUGGCCCUGCAGGACCCGCGACAGGAUGAGCACCUGGCCUUCGGCACCAUCCUCAGCCAGCACUGGGUGCUCAGCGCGGCCUCCCGCCUGCAGGGCAGGCAGCAGGUGUUGGCCAUGGUUGGGCUAAGCGACCUGAAGAGGCGGCAGGAGGAGCAGCCCCAGUACCGGAUCAGCUCCAUCAUCCCCCACGAGGACUUUGACGCGACCACGCUCUACAAUAACAUAGCUCUGCUCAGGACGGCCAUCCCGCUGGAGUUCAACGACACCGUCCAGCCCAUCUGCUUCCCCCAGAGGAGCCUUUCUAGGUCGGACCUAGUGAACUGCUGGGUCUCGGGCUGGCUCCAUCCCACAGCAGCCAGGGGCAAGUGCUGCAGCGGCUUUCUGAGGAUGAUCACCGUGGUGGACAUCGACCUCUGCCCACUGGAAAGGAUCCCUACAACUGAGUGCUGCAGCCACAGGGACGCUGAUAAUGUGUCAGGCUGCUUGGGCAACCCAGGCAACCCCGUCAUGUGCCAGAUUAAGGGUACCGAGAAAUGGGUCCUGAAAGGAGUGCUCAGUGAAGGUGGCAUGAGAUGCUACGGGCCAUUCCUGUACACGAUAGUGUCCUACUACAGCGACUGGAUCUUGGCCACCACAGAACGGCUGGCAGUGUGUUACAUUUACCCACCCACUUGA